UCCUCCUCCUUCCUCCCUCAUCCUUCAUCCCUUCUUCCAGGCUCCUUGAUGCCCGGUGCCCGGGUGGCCUUGCCAGGGCUGGCAUCAGGGCACCGGGGGCAUCGCCAAGUCUGGAGCUAGCCAUGGGGAUGCCCAUCCCUGCUGCCUUCCUCGGCUGCUGCUGCUCCUUCUUCCUCCACCUCCUCCUUCUCCACCUGAGGAGCCAGGUUGCCGAAGCUGUGGGCACUUUUGAGCUGCAGAUCCGUUUCGUGCGUAAUGAGAAGGGGGUGCUGGCUGAUGGGCGAUGCUGCCGGGGAGGUCUGGAGCCACCGUGCCCCAUGGAGGAGCAAUGCCGGACUUUCUUCCGGGUCUGCCUCAAGGAGUACCAGCUGCGGGUGCUGCCGGGGGGACCGUGUGUGCUAGGUGCUGCCAACACCCCUGUCCUUGGGGGCAACGUCUUCUCCACCAGCCACAAGAAGCGUCUGGAUCAUGCCCACAGGAUGGUGGUGCCCUUUGACUUUGCCUGGCCGCGUUCGUAUUCAUUGGUUCUGGAGGCUUGGGAUGCUGCUAAUGACACGGAGGUCACCUCUCCAGGAGCAGGGCAGCUGAUGGAGCGGGUGACCCGAUCGGGCAUGCUGAACCCAGGCGAGGGUUGGCAGGACUUGUGGCACCACGGCCGCAGCACCUUGCUGGACUACCGGGUCCGAGUGCGCUGCCAGGAGCACUACUACGGCCCAGCGUGCAACCUCUUGUGUCGCCCCCGGGACGAUUUCUUUGGGCAUCACAGCUGCGACGCUGUGGGCAACAAGGUCUGUCUGGACGGCUGGACGGGAGACGAGUGUAAGCGGGCGGUGUGUCGCCAGGGGUGUCACGAAGCGCAUGGGUUUUGCGAGGAACCUGGAGAGUGCAGGUGCCAUUACGGCUGGACAGGACCCCUUUGUGACGAAUGCAUCCUAUUCCCUGGUUGUGUUCAUGGAAGCUGCACCGAACCAUGGAAGUGUGACUGCGAGACCAACUGGGGUGGCCUUCUAUGUGACAAGGAUCUGAAUUAUUGCGGUUCACACCAUCCGUGCAAAAAUGGGGGCACGUGUGCCAACAAGGAACCCAAUGAAUACGAAUGCCUCUGCCUGGAAGGUUUCAGCGGCCGGAACUGUGAGAACGCUCUCCUUCCGCUGCCCGCUGCUGAAUCGACUUGCACAGCGGAGCUUUGUGCCAACGGGGGAACGUGUCUCCGAAGCCCAUCUGGAUCACGCUGCAUCUGUCUCCCAGGAUGGAGUGGAGAGUCGUGCCAGGAUGAAGUGACCGCCUGCCUCUCACAGCCCUGCAGCCACGGAGGGACUUGCCGGGACCAUCCGGACGGUUUCAUGUGCCUCUGCCCACCGCAAUGGAUGGGGAAGACCUGUCAGAUCGAUGUGAACGAAUGUCUGAAGAACCCCUGCCUCCAUGCCAGGGGCUGUAAAAACCUCAUUGGGAGCUAUUUCUGCGAUUGUCUGGAUGGCUGGAAGGGACCAAACUGCAAUAUCCGAGAAAACGCAUGCCAGGCGCGAUGUCAGAAUGGAGGGACUUGCCAGGUGAAAGGCAGCAGACCUGGCUGCAUCUGCCGAGUGGGCUAUACCGGCGCUGAGUGCGAAACAGAAUUGAGUGUCUGUGAGGCUGCUCCCUGCCUUCAUGGAGGACAGUGCCAGGAGACAAAAAACAGGAGUUUCCUAUGCAGCUGUCCUUCAGGUUUUAGUGGUACCCAUUGCGAGGUCUUUGUGGAUCUCUGCUCCCCAAACCCAUGUCCCAAUGGGGCCAGCUGUCUAGGUGGAGAAGGCAGCUAUGUCUGCUCCUGUCCUGAAGGUACCUCCUGCCAGAAAUCCCAAGAGACCUGCCUGGAUGGUGUGUGCAAAGGAAGCAGUAGCCCACUCCUCCUGUACGUGGUGCUGCCCCUGGCUCUGCUCCUGAUCCUGGCAGUCCUCGUUUUGGCACUAAUGGCACUAAGGGCUCGCCAUAAGUCCCAGGAGACCCCAGCAGGACCUCAGGAACCCGCUGCAAACAAUAGCCUUCUGCCUGAUGCCGUUCAUCUCAUCCACAACAUUACCCACAGUGAUGCUGAGCAAGGACUGAGGGAGGAUGGCAUCGUGGUCAAGGCAGGUUUGCCCGCAGGCGGGCGCCUACCUUGCGGGCUGCCAAAGACUGACAUCUCCAACGAGGAGAGAGCCAAACUGAACCAACUUAAUAGGGCUCCGGCUUUGGCACGGCCAUUGCUUUGACCCACUGAGAGAGAACGGCAAAGCAAAAGGGACACUGAAUGGGACGUGAACUCUGUUGAGGAGUCCCUCAACGCUGGGAUAUGGGGUUGGAGAGCCCAGUGUCCCCCAAAACGUAUGCAGAUAGAGCCCCAAAGCACCUUAUUUUGAUGUUUCUAGUAUUUUUUUUUAAUGCACAAGGUAUCUCUCAACAUUGAUGGCGCCUGCUGCCAUUCUGCUCUGGAAGAGAAUAACUAGAUUUGAGGUUUCUGGUCUGCUUUCCUUUCCCUUACUCCCCUUCCCAAAAGUGGUAUUCAUCGGGGAACAGUGUUGUGAAGGACCCUGAAAUGUAGUGUACUGCCAGACCCAAGUUCAACAGGUUGGAGCAUUGAGAGGUCAGUUGGAAGGAAAUUUGUGGAAGCACUUGUCCUUUUUCUCUUCAGCCAUUUUGGCCAAGAUGGAACAUGAAAGCUAGGAAGAGAAGUCACCCUUCCAAAAGGUUGAAAGGAAGGGCAAAAUAACUGGAAGCUGAGUGUGUGGUUUGGAAGAAA